AACUCCAGACCGACAACCCAUCGCGCCAACAACCAGCCCUUCGACUUUGCUGGAUAUUAUUCGAGUACCAACCCGGUGACAAGAGCAGGAUGUCCACAUUCGAGCCAGUUGUCGUUAUCGACGGCAAGGGACACCUCUUGGGUCGCCUGGCCAGCAUUGUGGCUAAACAGUUGCUCAACGGUCAGAAGAUUGUCGUCGUUCGAUGUGAAGCCCUCAACAUCUCCGGCGAAUUCUUCCGCGCUAAGCUGAAGUACCAUGCCUACCUUCGCAAGGCCACCCGUUUCAACCCUACCCGUGGUGGUCCCUUCCACUUCCGUGCUCCCUCUCGCAUCUUCUACAAGACCGUCCGCGGCAUGAUUCCUCACAAGACUGCCCGUGGUGCCGCUGCCUUGGAGAGACUCAAGGUCUUCGAGGGUGUUCCUCCCCCAUACGACAAGAAGAAGCGUGUUGUUGUUCCCCAGGCUCUCCGUGUUCUCCGCCUUAAGCCCGGUCGCAAGUACUGCACCGUUGGCCGUCUCAGUCACGAAGUCGGCUGGAAGUACCAGGAUGUUGUUUCCAGACUCGAGGAACGACGAAAGGUCAAGAGUUCAGCAUACUACGAGCGCAAGAAGGCCAUCCGACGACAGCUCGCCCAGGCCCAAAAAUCCGCCAAGGUUGACGACAAAGUCAAGAGCCAAUUGGCUGAGUUGGGAUACUAAGCGGUUUGUUGUCGGCGGUGAAGGUGUUUUGUGGUUGUUGGGCAGACAAGUGUCUGGAACAAAAUUGUGAUAACAAAAGAAUAAAAUGGAAUUGCUAGUAUGGUUUAAAAAUCAGCGGGACCAUACAGGGCGAAUCUGAGUCACAUUUUUGUUUCCUCGCAUUUUUAUUUCAUUUGAUCAUGAAUUAAAAAAUUAACGUCAUCAUUUUCAAACGAGUCAGACAUGCUGGGUAUGGACAUGGUGAUGCUGUCAAGGGGAAGAACUCGCUCCUGGACAAAAAAGACAUGAUGAUAUCAGUAUGGCACAGUGCCGCCUUGAAUAUUUUAUCUUUCUUGUGGCGCCAUGAAUAAUUGAAAGAAUUUCUGAAGUUCCAAAUUGAUUUUGCUGCUCGUAGAAUAUACCGGUCUACUUGAAGCGAUACGCUUACUAUUCGUCUUGGAGUACUUCUAGUGAA